AUGUUGAGUCCUUCGACGCCAUGGGCAGCAUGCGAGCUUGGAGAGAAGCUGCGCGCUGGCAGCAGUGCAAGCAAUGCCGGCGCUUCGCUUGGUGUAGUUGCUCCCCCAGUUUUGGGGCCAGCCGUUUGCGCGAAGCAGCGAUCAAGCUCGCAAAGCCGCCUGCAAGUGCUGCAAGCUGCUCCCGUCGUCCUGGUGGCAUGGCAGUGGCGCAGGUCUCGGCUGGCAAGACGGGCCAACGCAGUGCCUUCCAAAGGAAGAGGCACGAAGCCCGUUGUCAACUGGCGCCGUGUUCGGCAGCUGGUGUUAGGAGCCUCAGCUUGUUUUGCCAUCUACCGGCUGGCCAAAUGGGGAUCAGCUCAACCUCUGGACACCUUCACCGACAGGGCACGUGCGUAUCACGGCGUUUGUGGAUCUUUAGCCGCUGACCUGGCCUUUUCAUCCGUCGCGUUCAUUGCCUUUGCCGUCUGCGCGGGCACAGAAACUGCAAUCACCACUUUGUGGCCCUGGAAAGUGCGGGAGUAUGCUCAGCGCGAGUACGAGAAGGCGGAGCAGAAGGUGAAGGAGAGUCGUGAAGGUGGUGGUCCUGAGAUUACUGCCAAGGCGCAGCUUGGCAAAUGGACUGCUUUGAGGGAGGACAUUCAGCGAUUCAUGCAGACUAUCCUCAUCGGGGCUACGUUGGCCGGCGUCGUAAGCACUGCCUUCAUCACAGAAAUCUGUGGGCAGCUGUUUGGGCCUCGUGGGCUGGGAAUCGCCACCGUGUCAGUCACUUUGGUGCAGCUGACGUUGGGGGAGAUCCUGCCGAAGAGCAUGGCCGUUUCAAAUCCAUACAACUUCGCACAAGCUACGUUGCCAAUCUUCUACAGGAUUUCAACCGUCGUUUACCCGGUCAGCAAGAUCCUCAACGAGGCCAUGUCGCUCUUACUUGCCAUGUGCGGCGUACCGGUUGACACCAAGAAGACUCCGUACGUUUCAGAGGAAGAGCUAGAUCUGGUCUUCCGGUCCGCGAUGCAAAGUGGCAUUGUGGACGCAGAAGAGGGUGAGAUGAUUCGAAGCGUCCGCAACCUCGACAGCAAGCGAAUCAAGGAGAUCAUGACACCACUGGUCGACAUGAUCUGCAUCGAGUCCGAGGAGCCCAUUUCCAAGCUUCACAAUGUCAUCAAGGAGACACAGUUCAGCAGAAUCCCUGUGUAUGAAGUCCGCUUUGAUAACAUCGUCGGCGUGGUGAGUAUGAAGACACUGUUGAAGAAUGCCAACUGUUUGGAAGACUUUGUCAGCGACAACACCAAGAAAGUGCAAGAGAUAUGUGAUGUACCCGUCUUCGUGCCCGAGACGAUGUCACUGAUCUCCGCCCUGCGCUUGCUUAAAGAGCGGACUCUUGCGAUCUGCGUGGAUGAGUAUGGAGGAACUACCGGGCUGAUUACUUUGGAAGACGUUUUGGAAGAGAUUGUUGGUGAGAUAUACGAUCCGGAUGAGGAGAAGGACAGGGUCGAGAAGCAGCAGAAUCGCGCCAAGAUCCAACAGCUUGGCCCUGAUCACUUCUCCAUGAGUGGACUGGCUGAGAAGGGCGAUGUGGAGGAUAUCCUCGGGAUAAAGAUGCCCGAGGGCGAGUACAACUCAAUCGGAGGGUUUAUGUGCAUGACCAUUGACCGAAUUCCUGUAAUCGGGGAAGCCGCAACGGUCGAGACUGCCGCGGAAAGGAUCCGCUUUGAGAUUGCCAGCGUGGAUGACCGCAGGGUGCUCUCAGUUGAAGCUUUCCGGAGUGCAAAAGAUGGCAAGAGCGACGAGGAGGCUGAGGAUGAAGCGCAGGAAACUGAGAAGAAUCAAGUGAUCUUUGUGGAGCUCGAACUUGUGGAGGACACGGCGUCCAAAGAGGCGGAGUCAGACGUCGCGUCGUCGGCGGCACCAGUGGUGGAGCUGCUUGUGGAAGAGGUGGAGUCCGAGAUAUCGUCGUCAGCCUCGCCGGUGGUGGAGCUCAAGCUGAUGGAGGACAUGGCCUCCAAGGCAUCUCCUUCAGAUGCGCCAAUAGAAAAGGGAAAGGGGGCUUUGAAGAAAGUCGAGGCGAAGGCGACGAUGGACAGCCGAAAAGCCCUGAAGCAGCCUGACCCGGACUCCCAGUCAGCGACUGGGAGUCAAAAGCCUUCCCCGCUCAAGAAAGCGCUUCCGGAUGCAAAGUCGUCCGAUGAGAAAGAGAGCUCAAGUCGGCCUGGGCCUGGAGGGGGAGGGAAGUUUUCGACCACAGAGACACGUGACGGACGUGACGUGGGGAAGCCAAAGGACGCAAAGGAGCCAGAGCUGCCUGCGAGGAAUCCGCCUAAAGAGGGCGACGGCCCGAAGGCCGGUACACCAUCGGUUUAA